UUCCAGAUGAUUAAGCAUAUGUAUUGAUCCCGAAAUUGUUCACAAUGUUAUUAUUCAACAUGUUGUCCAGAUUAACGGUCUGGUUAUUUGUUGUUGGCUGCAUAGAAUUCUCAAGAGCACAAGAUUUAACAGCAGAUGAGGAGUAUGAGGAAGAGUAUGACUCGAUUUACUCAACAACUAUUCAAGCUCUUGUCACAACUCUGCCGGAGUCAUCUUCCAUAUCCACAUCUUCUAGUUCCUUACCAUACUUUACCUCCUCUCCCCCCUCUUCUUCCUCCCCUCUUCCCUCCUCCUCCUCCACUCCUCUCUCCUCCUCCUUCACUCUUCCAGAUCUUCCAGUUUUGCCAUCAAGCAGAGCCCUAAACUCAAGUGUACUGGGUAAACCGGAGAAUCUCUCAGCUCCCCUCAUUGAGUCAAAGAGUAUGCUGCUGACAUGGACAAUGUCUACGAGCUACAACCUGAUCAAGGGGUACAGGGUAUUCUACGAGCACAAGUUCACCGACAUCAAGACGUUUGACGGACAGAAACCAGAAUAUAAACUUACUGGGCUUCAACCUUACACCAGAUAUGUGAUCUGGGUAACUGCUAUAGGAGAGGAUGGAGAAGGACAACCUUCAGAUAACGCUUCAUUUACAACGGAUACUUAUGAACCCUCGGCACCGUAUAUAACGAACGCCACGUGUUAUGAAACCUUGAAGAUCUAUCUGGAGUGGAAAAGACCAAAAAUCUACUACAAAACUGUUGAUUACUACUACAUCUACUAUAAACCCCUGGAAGCCUCAACCUACAAGCAUCAUAAAAUUCAGGGUAGGAAUUUAGAACGUCUGAAAGAUUAA